AUGCAACUGUGACGAGCGUCGAUGAUGUCGCCCCGCCAGCUGAUGCGAAACUCGAAUAUGACGCAGAAGUGGCAGCGGCGCGAGAUAUCCAACUUCGAGUAUCUUAUGUUCCUCAACACUAUUGCAGGUCGUACCUACAAUGAUCUGAACCAAUAUCCAGUGUUCCCUUGGGUACUCACCAACUACGAAAGUGAAGAGCUAGACCUCAGCCAGCCUUCCAACUACAGAGAUCUCUCUAAGCCCAUCGGUGCCUUAAAUCCAAGCCGACGCGCAUACUUCGAGGAGCGAUACAACACCUGGGAGCACGAUUCGACGCCGCCGUUCCAUUACGGCACGCAUUACUCCACCGCCGCCUUCGUGCUCAACUGGCUCGUUAGGAUUGAGCCAAUGACAACAAUGUUCCUGGCACUGCAGGGCGGCAAAUUUGACCACCCGAACAGACUAUUUUCGUCCAUUGCCCUCUCGUGGAAGAACUGUCAGAGGGACACUUCUGAUGUUAAGGAAUUGAUCCCGGAGCUUUUCUUCCUGCCGGAGAUGCUGAUCAACAGCUCGGGCUAUCGGCUCAACAUACCGGAGUCUCCGUCCGGUGACGUCAUCCUUCCACCCUGGGCCUCCUCCGCUGAGGAGUUCGUUAGGAUUAACCGUAUGGCGCUAGAAUCUGAAUUCGUCAGUUGUCAACUACACCAGUGGAUAGAUCUCAUAUUCGGAUACAAGCAGAGAGGGCCCGAAGCGGUGCGAGCGACAAACGUCUUCUACUAUCUCACGUACGAAGGAGGCGUUCGAUUGGAUCAAAUCACAGAGCCCGUGACAAGGGCCGCGGUGGAGGAUCAGAUACGUAGUUUCGGACAGACUCCGGCUCAGCUGCUCAGCGAGCCUCAUCCGCCCAGAGCGUCCACGAUGCACUUGGCUCCACUAAUGUUCGCCGCGGCCCCAGACGAUGUCUGCUUACGACUUAAACUGCCUUCCAAUGCCGCCGUGGUACACGUGUCUGCCAACACAUACCCGCAGCUCGCGAUGCCAGCUGCUGUUACUUUACUUAUUGAACGUUGUUUGUUCACAGCUAAAAUAGUACAAAUAAUAUUCGGCCAUUACGGCGUGGUAACGUGUGUGUCGCGCUCAGAGUGCAACAUCACAUCCGACUGUUACAUCGCAUCCGGCUCGGAAGACUGUACAGUUCUACUGUGGCAUUGGUCUGCACGCGCGGGCGGUAUAGUGGGUGAGGGUGAUACUCCCGCCCCGCGCGUUACCCUCACCGGUCAUCUGGCCGCCAUCAACGCCGUGCUCGUCUCCGCUGAACUAGGACUCGUAUUGCGCGCGCUCGACGGCGCUGCCGGCCCGCCUCAGCAGCUGGCGCUCUCGCGCGAGGGGCUCGUGGUGGUGGCGGGCGCGCGCGGACGCCUCGCCGCCUACACGCUCAACGGACGGAGGCUGCGAACGCACACGCACAACGAUCACUUCCAGUGUCUCGCGUUGUCACGUUGCGGCGAGUACCUGGUGUGCGGGGGCGCGGCUGGCGUGGUGGAGGUGUGGCGCGCAUGCUCGCUCGCGCCGCUGUACGCGUUCCCUCCCGCAGGCGCCGCCGUCUGUUCACUGGCACUCUCGCACGAUCAGAAGUUCCUACUAGCGGGACUAGAGAACGGUUCACUAGUCGUGUUCCACAUAGACUUCAACAGAUGGCAUCACGAGUACCAGCAGCGGUACUGAGCCGCAGCGUGCGCGCGUUGCCGCCACUCGCAUCUGUACCGACGUAGACUCUAAUUUCUGCGCCCACCAACAGACGGCGCUAGGAGCGAAUGGAACUAAUUGCUAUUCACAAAAGCAGUGUUAACGUCAUCUAUCGAAGAAACAAGGGUUACUGGGUUUAUAGACAUGUCGAUUCCGGUCGAUAUUGAUAUAUCAUUUCACGAAAAAGCUAAUAUGGAUAUUUGUAGGUUUUAAAUAUUUCCUGAUCUUGAUUAAUCUUUCAGUCGUAUAAAUUAUAUUAGAAUAUUUUACUUAAAAUUUUCAAACAAAACAUAAUAAGGAAUAAUUCCUAAGCGCGCUGGGCAAUACUGAUUAACCGUUCACAAAUCUCCAUAUGUCAUAUUAUUAUGUGAAGAUCAGUCGCUGGGUGUAAAUUGGGACAACUGAUAUACAUUUAAUCUUUUAUCUUUUUUCCAUAUUAGGUUUCGAUAUAUUAGUAUUUUAUUUUUCAAUAUCGAUUUCGCUGUUUCUUUGAUAUCUAUACCUGUCGAUAUUGGUGAUAUUAGCGACAUAUGGGUGUCGAUAUAUCAAUAUGUAUCGGUUUUCCGAUAUAUCGUUUAUCCCUAUAAGUAACUCCGAAAUAUUAACAUUUAUUUAUUAUGUUAAAAUGGCAUUGUUCUUGUAAAUGGCAAAAUAGUAUUUAAAUUUAAUUAUUUCUAUAAGUGUUAACAGUCAUCGGUUGUAAGCGAUAAAUAUUAAAUGCCGUUUUGAUAAUUCUUCAGCUAUUUUCGCGGCCCGUAUGUACUUAUUAAAUAUUAAGUGAAAUUUUUAAUCUUAUGACAUUCCAUUGUUUUUAUGAGUAUUAUUAUUAGAUUCUAUAUAAAUUUGUACUUAUGUCAUUAUUUUAAAAAUGAAUAAUGCAUUAUUUGCACACGUUUUUAAUUAUUUAGUGCCAUAUGGAGUAAAAUUAUUACUGCAUAACCUAACCUGAACGAAGAGCCUUAAUUUCGAUGUAAUUAAUAGAUCUCCUAUCGAAAGACGUCCAUUAUUGUGAUCAUAUUUUCAUAAUAUUACUUUUUAAUUUAAUGUUUGUACUAAAUUAAAUUAUAUUAAAAAGUGCAAUAUUUUGCUGAAUCAAUAUUUAUUUAAUUCUUAUUAAUUAUCUAUCAAUCAUAUUUGUAUUACAUAAUUAGAGAGGCUUAUUAUUAUUUACUUUUGAUCACCUCUUUUUAACGAGUAACCAAUUUUGAACUUUAUUUUUAUUUUUAUAAUGAUUAAAUUCCUACAUUCCAUUUGUGUUUGGUGUUGGGUAAUUGUAUUUUUUCCGGAAUGAAUUUGUUGUAAUUUGGUUUUUAUUAAAAGGUUCAUAUUUAGAUUGGUUAUUUUAUUUUAUUAGUUUUACCUUUAAGGUGUUACAUUUUUUUUGUAUUUAUAAUAAGUUGCCAGUUGUCAAAGGAUUGUCAAAAUAGGUAUCUUAUCGUCAGAAAAUAAACCAAGAAAAAUAACGGUACACCAACUGGAUUUUUAAAAUAUUGAAUUAACAUAAUUCUUAUGGAAUACCGCGAAAGUGCCAAUGACAUAGUCAUUUUCGCUAAUUAAUGAAAGUCAAUAAAUAGUAGAAAUCUAGUUAAUUGUAACGGUAAUGCUAAUAUUAUUAUGUUAUGGCUACGGAAUAAUAGUUUUUUACGCAAUCAUCGUGUAUAUUAUAUUUAUUCUACAAUUUUAAGACAAGCGGCCAUUUUUAGGAAUGUGACAAUGCGAAGAUUAUUUCUAUCUCGUUCGUGUAACCAUAGUAUUGGUAUUGAUGAAACAUAAAAAUGAGGAUUAUCUGUUUGUCGUUGUCACGUUUAAUAAAUAUGGCGGUUUAUUUUUGCCUUCACACCCGCACGCUCCUUCCGUUCUGUGAUCUAGGCUAAUUUAUGCACCUAGUCAUAGAAAAUCUUCAUCUAUUUCCUAUCUCUGUGCCAAAAUAUAUAAUAACAAACAUACAGACAACAUCCGAUAAUACAUUAACAUUAUGACACUUUCAUAGAGCUUCGUAAACUGUUCAAUAGUAGCUUAGGAGUUGUCUAGAUAAUUCUCUAGGUGGAAUUUUUUAGUACCUACCUACUUCUAGUAAAUUGUACAAACACUCGAACCCUUAUUCUCACGUCCCACUGUAGUAUUUACUUAGAACCCAAAUUAUACAUAUGUAGUUUUAAGGCAGUGGAUCAAUCACUCCAUUUUCAACCUUAUCCUUAUUACUAUAAGGCAUGGAGUGGUGGCUACUGACGUCCCUAUGUUUAGGUAAAUCACAAUGCUUAGUCUGAUUGACAUCUGUUCACGUCUUUAAAUAGUUUUGCCGACUGCAAUUUAACUUUUCACUUUUACAAUGGAUAAACUGAAACCUAUCGAAGUAUAACUGAAAUAAGAUAUAAACAAAAUUGCAAUAAGUUGUAAGAUCUUCCUAUAAUAAUAUUAGUUAUAUUCUUCCAAUGUGAUUAAGUAUUCAAGAAACAUAUACAAUUUUUUUUUUUCAAGCAAAAGGAGAAGCUUAUGCUUUAAUAUAGUAUCAAAAAUUAAUUCAAAAAAGCUUUCAAAAGCCCCAUCGCACAUACACACCGCGACGCGCUAAACAAUUUUUAAAACUUAAAGCCGGAUUUAUAUCUCGCCUACGCUGCGUAUCGCUACGCAUGAGUUAGAUAAUCGUUUUCAUAUAUUUAUUAUAUAAGCAUCGUCCAGCGUAUCGUGGGUAACGAAUGAAAGCGAUUACCUAACUACGCGCAGUGGCACACGACAUGGACUUGAUAUAAUUCCAGCUUAACUCACGCUGUUAUGCAAUCUGUCCAUUAAUGUUAACAUAGUCUUUAAGUCGUCAAUGUUGAAUUAGAAUGAAAUAAAGUUGAUAUAUAUUUCCCUAGAAUAAGGUACACCUUAUGUAUAAAUGUAAUAAUCACUGUCCAUUUAAAUGUAAGCUAAAAUCAAUUGUAAACAUUAUUAUAUAACUAAGAAUGUAGUAGAUAAUUCGAAGUUUGAAUCACCUUUAUAAUGUAAGGUAUUUAUAAAGCAUCAAAUCAUCACAAAAGCUGUAAUAGUUGCCAUGUGCUUUUUCUAAAAUUUUAGAGGACACUCUAUUUUGCUUUGCCGUUAAAAUUCCACAGGCGCGUCUUAUAAAUCAUAAAAAACAUAUUUUCGUCCCACUCUAUCCACAUGUUAAAAACUAAGUAACAAUAGAUUUAUUAAAAUUUCCGUUUCCAUGAGCGCAAUGUAAUGAAUGCCUAGUUUCACUAUCACUUGUUGUUGAGCGAACCUUUAUGAUUGUAAUAAUAAAAUAGUAUAGUUCUUGUAGAUGUAGCUACAGUUAGAUUAGUUAAUUUUUAGCUACUAGCAUUUUUUUGACGUUUCAGUAGCGUAGCUUUGCUACGUGUCGUUUAAGAGUUGGUGUUUUAUUAGAUAAUUAAUUACUGCAAAAAAAAUCCUUCACUGCGUACGUUAAGUUAAAAUAUAGAAGUAAAACAUUGAAAGAAACUGCCAUAUUAAUUCGUCGUGAAAGAAAUACUUGAAAUAGAAAAGAAAGAAAACAAUCAUUAGGAAAUUGCGCCUGUAGAAAUUAUUCAUGCAAAUAUGUCAGAAGAGCGCUUUAGCAUUUGUUUAAGAAAACGGAUUGUUGCAGUUAGAUUUUUUUAUUGUUAUUCAUUCACAAUGUUUGAUUCCUUAAUUGUAAGCAGUAGGCUAAUUAUUUGAGAGUUUACUAGCAUAACCUAGUGGCAUAGUUUCAUAAAUAAAAUUAGAUUUGUUCUUGUGUGUUCGGAAAUUGUUAAAUCUUAAAUAAUAUAAUAAUAAUGUAUCACCUACUAAAAUUCCUGCACACGCUUACUUUACACUAACUUUUACAUGCAUAAGUCGUUUCCUUUAAGCCGAAUUUACAAUACGAAACUGGUAUCGCGAUACUAAAAACAAGUCAACUAAAAACCAGUUUCACAAAACUAAAAACCAGUUUCACAAAACCAAAAACCAGUUUCACAAAACUAAUAAUAAGUUUUAAGAAACCAAUCUCGGCACAAAACUGUCGUAAUGGUGUACAAUCUACAGUAUCUCUAAGACAGGCUCUUUCAACAACAAAGCUUAACUAUGCGCAGAUGGUGCCGCAACACUAGUUACACCAUGUAAAUCAGGGUAAAAUUAGUUGCAUAAAACUAGUUUCAUCAAUAAUAUGCGCAUCACAGAAUUACUUCAGUGUCAUGAAACUAUUGUAUGCAUUACGAAACAGAACGUUUACACGUGCAACUUUUGGCGAAAUGAAUUCAAUGAAACUAGUUUCAUGCAACAAUUUUCAUAAUGUAAAUUCGGCUUUAUAGCUGAUCAUGCGUAUUUACUUUACUUAUGUUUCAGACACGUCUAAUUUAUAUCUUAUAGGGCAAAGAUCCCUAUUGAAAAAUUUCUGUUAUGCUAAGUAUAUGGUGCGUUUGUAUGUAAUGAAAUGAUCUUGAGUAAUAAAUAAAUUGCAUUGAGUAAAUCUUUUUUUGAUUCACUCUUAUUUAUAUUCCUAUAAAUGCUAAGAGAUCGUGACAAAAAUGUGCAAGAGCAUUCUAAAUCUUGAUAUUUCAGUAUGUUGAAGUACUAAGAAUAUACAGCAUUCAGUAUCCUGAACACCUGGUGGUAGGUUAAUUUAAAGUACGAAAAAUCGUAACACAUGUGAAGGGUUCGAUGCUUGGGCGAAUGAAUGAAAGGCUGACUAAGCUUGAGAACUUUAUUAUACGGUAAUAAAAAAAGGGUAAAUAAAAACUGUAACAAACAUAAAAUUAAUAUAAAAACAGUUCGUAUGAUUACUUAAACAUAUAAUUACAAUUAUUAAAUAGAGCAAAUACAUACCCCGUUUCUGGGUUUCUGUAAUACUUAUAUUAAUUUGGACGAUAUUUCACAAAGAUAUAUAACAAUAUUCUUAUUUAAAUUAUAAUAACUUAAUUAUGUAUUAUUAAAUUUUUUUGUAUUUAAACUUAUAUUAUUACCUUAUCAUGUUCCCACCAGAUGAAUUUUUCACGAACUAACAUUCAUAAAGAACAUACUUAUUGGAUUAGUCAAAACUUCAAAUUACGAAAGGUGAAUAAUAAAAAGAAAUGAUGUUAAAUAUCAACGACAAAAAGUUUGCAUACUGAAACCUAGGACGAAAUAAUCUUCUGUUUAUUCUAUUACUUCUGUUGUCAAAUAUUUAUCUAUAUUUAUCAAUUGUCUAAAAAAAAUUGAUAAUGACAAAUUUCCAGGCAAACUUUCAUCCCCUAUUUUU